AUGUCGGCGCUCAGCACGACGGCCGUCCUCGAGGGCAUGGCCAAGGCCCUGCCCACGCACACGCAAGGCGACGACUCGUCCGACCUGGCCAGCUCAUACGAGGCCGUCGGCCUGCUCGUCCACUCGUACCUCACAGCGCUGGGCUUCAAGCUCGUCGGCUUCCACGAGGACAGACCACUAGCCGAGUGUGAAUCUCUCGCUCCCCGCCUCCCCGCCUGCUGGAACGCCGGCUUCGGCUCCCUCGGCUUCGUCUACACCCACGGCGACCAGCAGCAAGACACCAAGCCGACGACCUACAUCUUCCGCGUCGACAAGAUGGGCGCCCGGGUCGAGAUCCGCGGCACACGCUCUUCCCCCUCCUCCUCCUCCUCCGAUACCAACGGCAUACACCGCUUCGACGUGGCCAUCCGCGACGUUGUCCAGUCCAGCAACCUGCCCGUGCGCAUCAUCCUCGACGCCGACGGCAACGACACCAGCGAUCGCCAGGACCUCGUCGACAAGCUGCACCGCGUCUUCGUCUCCAGCACCGCCGUCGCCACGCUCCUGCAGGACGUCCGCACCAAGAUCGUCCAGAACCUGCUGGGAAGCGGCGCUGCCGCCGCGCAGGUCGAGGCCCGCGCCGACAGCGCCGCCGAGGAGCGCAGGCUGCGCGAGGAGCGCUUCCAGCAGGAGCGCCAGGACCCCAACCAUCCGCUGGCCGGCCGCGCGCAGCAGCCCUCGCCGGCCGACAUGCUCGUACCGCGACCCGGCGAGCUGCCCGAGUCGGCGCGGCCCCGUCCCGGCGCGCCCAGCGGCGAGUUUAUGCCGCCCGGCUUCGAGGACGAGUACGACAUUAACCGUCCGCCCGCUGGUAUGGGUGGCCACGGCGGCCUCGUCAUGCCCGGCAGCGGCCGCUCGCCGUUCAACAUUGGCCACGACGACCUGCACCCACCCGGGCUUGGUCCCAACGACCCCUUCCGCGGAUCCGGGCUACCGAGCGGCCUAGGUGGCAGCGGUGGCUUUGGCAGCGGAGGCGGCAUGCACCCGACCUUUGACGAUCCCCUCUUUGCUGGUCAGGGAGGACGCACCGGUCCAGGCCAGGGUAGCGGUGGCGAGUUUGACCCCCAAGUUCCACCUGGAGCACGAUAUGAUCCCCUCGGUCCUGGCGGCGGCCCUCGCUUCCCGGGACCUGGUAGUGGACAGGGUGGCCACCCGUUUGGUGGCGGUGGCAUCAUCUAA